UUCGGUAAGUUUGAUUAGACGUGUUCAUCGAUUCUACUUACUAAGAAUCUCCUUUUAUUGAGUUCUAACACAGCAGAAACGGAUAGAUUAAUCAUAACACGGCAUUCACGAACGUUUACAAAAACGUUUGAAUGCGAGCUGCUUGUACACCAAUCAUCUUUCGCCAUAAAUGAAAACGCGUCGACUGAUAAAUAAGACUAAUUAUUUCAUGAAAGUGGUGGGAUUCGAAGGGGUGUCAUUACCGGCUGAAGGGAAGGCAAAGACUAAAAACCGGGCUUUUGGACCCAAUCAAACUAUGGUGAUUUUGUCUUUACUACAGUAGUGGUCGCUGAAGAACUUCAUCAACGAAUAAUGAUCACGCUUCAUUUGAUCAUUCUAAAUGCCAUUUUCGUGUACGUCUCGCCAGUUAACUCCUUGAUUAAUACAACUAUUAUUGACGAAGAAGUAUCUGUUUAUCAACCAGCAGACGUCAUUCUUGGUGGACUUUUUCCCGUUCAUUCAUCACGACUAGGAGGAAAAUGCGGAGAUUUAGACAUGGAAAGCAUUGCGCUUAUCGAGGCCAUGAUUUACACGACUGAUAGGGUAAAUAGAGAAUCUUUAAUACCUUGGAAUUUAACUCUGGGUUACGAUAUCCGAGACACUUGCAAUCUCGUAGCAGUUUCUUUGAAACGAACUUUAGAUUUUCUGUCAGAGAAGAAAUACUCGAUUACCGAUGGCGAUUUGGAGCGAUGUGGAAGCAAUGGCCGACAAUCCUGUGAUGGCAAACUCGUAUCUGUGAUUGGUGCUGGACGAAAUGAAAUUUCUGUGGCUGUUAACAAAGUUUUGAGCGUUUUUGAAAUUCCUCAGAUCGGCUAUGCAUCGACUUCGGGGAUUUUGAGUGACAAGUCAAGGUUUCCUUCUUUCUCAAGAACAGUUGUUCCUGGAUCACAUCGACCAAAAGUCAUGUCAAAAGUCGUAGCUCACUUCGGAUGGACGUACGUUGCUUUGGUGACUUCUAAUGAUCCCCAUUGGAGAUCUCUGUCAAUUAAAUUUAAAAACCUCGCACACUCCAAGGGAAUUUGCAUCGGAAUAGAAGAAACUUUACCAAACAAUUCCUCUGCAAAAGAAAUGCAGUCUAUUAUUGCCAGAAUCAAGUCGAAAGAGAAAUUAAAAAUCAUUCUGUUAUUUACUUCACCUCUUGAUACAAAUAACAUUAUCAUUAGAGCAGAUACUGCGAAAAUGACAGGAAGGGUUUGGGUGGCAAGCGAAGUUUUGGCCGGUUCUUCCAGUGUCAUGUCGGAGCAUGCGAGCGUUACGCAAGGAAUGUUGGUCAUCGCGAAUAAACUGGAUUCAGUAGCUGAGUUUGCGAAAUACUUUGAAAACUUAAAUCCUGCUCAAAACACGAGAAAUCCUUGGCUUAGGAAUCUGUGGGAAAAGGUCUUUGACUGCUCCUUCAUGGAGACUAAUAAAAAGAUGUGCAAGGGCACGGAGAAAAUGAAUGGGAUACGUCACAUGCUGUCGUUUUCACACGUCAAUCACGUGAUAGAUGCUAUUAUGGCCGUGUGUCACGUGAUCAAGAGGAUCUGUAAAGAAUUUAUUCAUGUAAAUGAUACUCGUGGCAAAGAAAAGUGCCUUAACGAACUAACUAAAACCAAAGUAUUAUCAGAAAUGUUUCUGGGGCCCUUCGUAUUUCAGAGUUUGUCAAAUCGAAAAGUUUAUCUCGAUUCAAACGGCGAUGCUGUUAGCUCUUACAGAAUUGAAAAUCUCCAGAUAAGUUUUCAAGGAGCGAAAUUCCAAACCAUUGGAAUGUACUCUGGUAAUACCCUUGACAUCGAAAAGAACCAAAUACAGUGGCCAAACAAAAGCAUCACGCAACCAUUCGGAAAGUGCAGUUUCCCAUGCAACGCCGGCAGCUAUAGAAUCCAUGUAGGAUCAAGAUGCUGCUGGAAAUGUGCUAAGUGUCCUGUAGGUUCCAUAAGCAAAAAUGGCCUCAAAUGUACUGCGUGCCAAAGUGGCUUCACUUCCAAUGAAAAUAACACUUCAUGCAGAAAGAUCAUGCAUGAUUUCUUUGGCUGGGGUACAAAAGAAGCGGAUGCAAUCAUCGCUGUUUCUAUAAUAUCCUUUGUGCUGUCCCUGACAGUAUACGUCACACUCAUUAUAUACAAGACAACGCCCAUAGUAAGUGGUCUUGGAAGCGAUACAAAUUUUCGUCUCUUGUGGAGCAUUAGCUUCGGGGUGCUGGUUCCAUUUGCAUACAUAGGGUUACCAUCUGACAACAUGUGCAAGAUACAGUCGGUUCUCUUUGGCACCAGUUUGACGUUCACCAUGUCAUUAGUUCUGGCAAAAGCCAAGCAGUUGACUUCCAAACGAAAGAAACUUGCAUCAAGAUGGUUGGUACGGAUUAACAGUCAAAGUCAAUUCAUCUUUUCUUUAUUUCUGACCAUCGUAGAACUCUUCAUUUGUAUACUUUGGAUCAUAAACAAGCCACCAAGUGCACAGAUUAGAGAGGAGAGCGCUGGUAGAAGCAUAGUCGUGUGCGACAACACUACUUCAGCCUGGUACGCCUUGUCUGCUUUCCAUAUACUUGUCAUAAGCAUAGCUUGCACAUACUUGUCUUAUAGCGUCAGAAAGCGUCUGGUCAAUUAUUCCGAGGCGAAGUACAUAUUGUAUGGUAUGAUUGCAUUUUACACGAUAUGGGUAAUCUUAACCGCAGUUCUCUAUGGAACACCAGUUGGUCUACACGAUGUCGCCAUCAACUGUUUAGCGAUUAUAGCAUCACAGUUGAUCUUUUUGGUAUUCAUAUUCUUUCCAAAACUGUAUAUCGUCUUUUUCAAAUCAAAGCUCAACAAGGAUGCCGUAUUUUAUGCGUUGAUUUCCGCUGACCACGAAAUCGAAUGCGCAUGUAAAGAUUCAAAGGAGAAGCUAGAAGCUGAGCAACCGUCAACUAGACCUCAUUCUUUAAGUUUCAGAGAAGUUAGCUCCAGGGAAUUUCCAAGUGAUUUGAGUCUGGAAACCAAAACCUUUCGCCCAUCUUUGUUGAAGAAGCUUUCAGCGUGGCCUUGUUGCGCGUGCUUACAGCGUGACAGCACGUCGGCCGCGGAUUUUUCCGAUUCUCGUGAGAAUGUCAACAAUCGUCUAGCUCUAAAUUCGUAUCCUUUACCAAUCAUAUCGAUAGAAGAGGGAUCAAGAAGUCAAACAAGUGACCCAGGGUAUAACGUCAGGGAUGAUGUAAUUACAAACUAUCCUACAGAUCGUUGCAAUUGUGACUUCCAUCCCCCCGAAGACCAUGAAUACCAGGCAGAGAAUAUAGUAAGUCUGACAGCAGCAGAGGAUCGAGGGGCGAUUCGAGGGGCUAAGAUCUGGAACAAACAAAACGGGUCGAGUGAAGACAAACUUGGAAAACGAAGAUCUCGUUGUGAUAAUGGUGCUCCAUGCGAGAAGCCAGAGGAGAAGCGUAUUUCCAGAUUGAUUAUGAAAGGUGGACAUAUUCAAGAGGAUAAUUGUCUUGAGGGGGCAGUGAUCACAAACGAACACGGUCGUAUUUCCGAGAGUACACUGUGAAACACCUUGGAUAGACAGACAAUUUAGAACAAACUGAGAAUUGGACAGACGUAAUAGACACAGCGGUAAUAGACACAGCGGUACGUCUGCAAGCAGGACACACAGCAAAAGCAAGCACGAGGAGCGCCGCAUUCAUUACACCCUGUCAGAUGAGAACCGCGAAGAAGGCCAGAAUGAAAAGUAACCCCCUCUCCCCUCCAUUGAAAAAAAAAAAAGUUUGAAGAAACGCAGGAACGAUUGCUAGACAGCAUGCUCGAAGCUAAGUAUCGC